CGGAGCCACCGGAGCCACCGGAGCCCACCGGAGCCAGCGGAGCCGAGCGGCCGGGCCCGCGGCGGGGCCGAUGCCGAGGAGGAGCUGACAGCGGCGGGGGAAGCGGCGAGGCCGACGCGGAAAUGGAUGUGCGGUCGGGAGUGGCCCUGUGGGUGCUGUGCGGCCUCCUCCUGCAGCAGGGCCGCGGGGAGCGGCCCCCCGGCUCCCACCUGGACGAGAGCGCUAUUGCAGCAGAGUUCUGCCGCAUCGACAAGCCCCUGUGCCACGAUGAGGACGAGCAGCUCAGCUUCGAGGCCGUCCGCAACAUCCACAAGCAGAUGGACGACGAUGCCAACGGCAACGUGGACGUGGAGGAGAGCGAUGAGUUCUUGAGGGAGGACUUGAAUUACCACGACCCAACAGUCAAGCACAGCACCUUCCAUGGGGAGGACAAGCUCAUCAGUGUGGAAGACCUCUGGAAGGCCUGGAAGACAUCUGAAGUGUACAACUGGACCGUGGACGAGGUGGUUCAGUGGCUCAUUACCUACGUGGAGCUGCCACAGUAUGAAGAGACCUUCCGAAAGCUGCAGCUGAGUGGACACGCCAUGCCCAGGCUGGCAGUGAACAACGCCACCAUGAUGGGCAGUGUGCUGAAAAUGACAGACCGAAGCCACAGGCAGAAGCUGCAGCUGAAGGCUCUGGACACGGUGCUCUUUGGGCCUCCUCUCUUGACUCGGCACAACCACUUGAAGGACUUCAUGCUGGUGGUGUCCAUCGUCAUCGGAGUGGGUGGCUGCUGGUUUGCCUACAUCCAGAACCGCUACUCCAAGGAGCACAUGAAGAAGAUGAUGAAGGACCUGGAGGGGCUCCACAGAGCUGAGCAGUCUCUCCAUGACCUUCAGGAGAGGCUGCAGAAGGCUCAGGAGGAGCAUCGCUCCGUGGAGGUGGAGAAGGUGCACCUGGAGAAGAAGCUGCAGGACGAGAUCAGCAUCGCCAAGCAGGAGGCUCAUCGGCUGCGGGAGCUGCGGGAGGGCACCGAGAACGAGCUCAGCCGCCAGAAGUAUGCGGAGCAGGAGCUGGAGCAGGUCCGCAUGGCCCUCAAGAACGCCGAGAAGGAGCUGGAGUCACACUGCAGCUGGGCUGCGCCCGAGGCCCUGCAGAAGUGGCUGCAGCUGACGCACGAGGUGGAGGUCCAGUACUACAACAUCAAGAAGCAGAACGCCGAGAAGCAGCUGCUGGUGGCCAAGGAAGGGGCUGAAAAGAUCAAGAAGAAGAGGAACACCCUCUUUGGGACGUUCCACGUUGCUCACAGCUCCUCUCUGGAUGAUGUUGACCAUAAAAUCCUGACUGCAAAGCAAGCUCUGAGUGAGGUGACGGCAGCACUGCGGGAGCGCCUGCAUCGCUGGCAGCAGAUUGAGCUGCUCUGUGGCUUCCAGAUCGUCAACAACCCAGGGAUCCACAGCCUGGCCUCAGCCCUCAACAUCGACCCCGGCUGGAUGGGCACCCCCCGGCCCAACCCCUCGCACUUCAUCAUGACUGAUGACGUGGAUGACCUGGACGAAGAGAUCGUGUCUCCCAUGUCCAUACAAUAUGCAGCCUGGCUGUUCGGGCGCAGGUUCAGUGACCGCUCGUCUCUGUCCUCGGAGGAACAGUCCCUCUGGAAAUACCCUGCUCCUGCCUUGCCCAGCACAGUUCGCCAGCGCCUGGUGGACCCCCAGCACGCCCAUGGAUCGCAGAGGUUGGUAGAGGGUUAUGUGCAAGGCCAGAAUGAGCCGGGGCAGGCGGCCCCGUACCGGGCGGGCAGAGUCUCCCUGCGCCGAGUGCACAGCCUCUCCUCCGGACAGUCCCUGAGCUCCGAGCUGCCCAGCACCAGCCCAUCACCUGCCGCCACCACCUCCUCAUCCACCUCCACUGCUCCUGCUCCUGCUUGCCAUGUCCACCCUCUCUGUUACCAUCACUCCACCUCCUCUCACUUCCUCCAGACGGACUCCGUCCCUGAUCUGCCCCCUCCUGAUGUCACCUCUGGAGUUCGCUGUCGCACUGAGAGCUCUGGAGACUUGACUCGCUGCGACUCCGAGUCGUCCAUCCCGCACCUGAGCGAGCACCAGCGCCUGCCCAGCUCUGCGCCCAAGCUGCUGGCUGCCCGGCCCAACCUGCUGACCCGCUCCAUCGAGGAGGCUGUGCCCGGCCACCCUGCCAGCGCCGCGGCCACCCCCAACGGCGGCAGCCGGCCGGGGGAUGCGUGCGGCCCGGAGCGGCUGCCCGAGAGCCCGCUGGUGCUCCGGAAGAUGCUGCUGGUGAACCACGGCCUGGAGAAGCCGAGCGGGGCGGCCGAGGGGAGCCAGCCGGGGCCCGGCCGGCACAGCCACCAGGAGGGGUCCCGCUCGCACAGCCCCAGCUCCACCGAGCCCGACACCCCCUCCCCCAGCUCUGACUGCCGCACCGGCAGCACCAGGAGCAGCCGCAUCCCGCAGCCGGCGGCCAAGAAGAGCGCGGGGGACGAGGACAGCAGCGCCACGGGCGACGAGGCCGAACUGGGCCCGAGCAGGAGGAAAUUCCCACUGAAGAUCUUCAAGAAGCCCAAGAAGUAGGAGCAGGGGAGGGGGUCGGGAGCCUGGAGCGGCCCCGACGGCCCCGGGAGCGCAGCGAUCCCGGCCCCCCCCCCCCGGAGCCGCCGCCGCACUUUAUUUAUUGCCUCAUCUGGAGAAGGAGAGCGAGGAC